CGUCAGAGGGAGGCGGGCGCCCCGCGCGGUGACGGCGACGCCUGCAGCCGCCGGACUCUCCACUCGCCGCCGCCGGAGAGGCCGGUGACCUCUUGGCUGCCCCGCCUAAGAGGCUCAGAUGGCUCAGGCGAAGAUCAACGCGAAAGCCAACGAAGGGCGCUUCUGCCGCUCCUCCUCCAUGGCCGACCGCUCCAGCCGCCUGCUGGAGAGCCUGGACCAGCUGGAGCUCAGGGUGGAAGCUUUGAGAGAAGCAGCAACUGCUGUUGAGCAAGAGAAAGAAAUUCUCCUGGAAAUGAUCCACAGCAUCCAAAAUAGCCAGGACAUGAGGCAGAUCAGCGACGGAGAAAGAGAAGAAUUAAAUCUGACGGCCAACCGUUUGAUGGGACGAACCCUCACCGUUGAAGUUUCAGUAGAAACAAUUAGGAACCCCCAGCAGCAAGAAUCCCUAAAGCAUGCCACCAGGAUCAUUGAUGAAGUGGUCAGUAAGUUUCUGGAUGAUCUGGGAAAUGCCAAGAGUCACUUGAUGUCACUAUACAGUGCGUGUUCAUCCGAGGUGCCACCUGGGCCUGUUGACCAGAAGUUUCAGUCCAUAGUAAUCGGCUGUGCUCUUGAAGAUCAGAAGAAAAUUAAGAGAAGAUUAGAGACUCUGCUUAGAAAUAUUGAAAACUCUGACAAGGCCAUCAAGCUGUUAGAGCAUUCCAAAGGAGCUGGUUCCAAAACUCUGCAACAAAAUGCAGAAGGCAAAUUUAAUUAGUUUUGAAACAGAGGAGCACUCACAAAUAAUGACAUGAAAAUGAUUAAACAUUAGUUCUUUGUGUUAGGUGUAACAUUUGAUACCGAUUGUUGUUUCACAUGAGGAAAAUACUCCAGUGUCAUCAGUUUUGUGAAUAACACAAUUAAAACUAGAAAUAUUUUAAUUAUCUUUCUAGAAGUUUUUAGAUUGAAUUCUUGUCUUGUAUUAGGCUCUAGCACCUAAUAUAUAUAAUAUAUAUUUUUUACUGUACUUUGGAUGAAUAUUUACUAUAUAGGAGAGAGUAACUGCUCAGCCAGGGCCAAAAGCAUUCUUGUUCUUUCCUGGGCUUUGUCUGGCAAGGAGACACUUGGGCACAUGGAGCAUUUGGUUAACUAGAAAUUCUUGACCUUAAGCAGCAUGCAAACUUAACCACUAUUAACCUCUACUAUUAGCUAAGUAGUGUGUUCAGAAGGACGAAAGGAAUCACAAAAUAAGAGUCUUUCCCAACAUCAUCCUUUUCAUAAAGUACUUUUUUUGGAUAUCUUUAUCAAAUUAUUUUGAAUUUCAGAUUUAUGCAUCUGAUAAUAUGAAUAUAUUUCUUGAUAUAUAUGAAAACAUGACAUAAAAUGUGAGAGAAUUCACAUCUAAUGUUAUCACUGUGAACAACUAUAUGUCCACUUCAUCUUUUUCCAAAUACAUCAUUUCUCUAAAUUUUUAAUCAUUAUGGAAGUACAAUGUUAUAAUUUGCCUUUUUUAAAAAAUGCUGCUAUAAAGUCGACUUGUCAACUUUAAAACCUCUAUUCUGUAUAGUUGUAUAAUUUACUUCCCCACUCCCCUUGCUAGACAUUUAGGUUGUUUCCAAUUUGUUGCUUAUUCCUACAACAUAUUUAUAUACAGAGACUUUUUUCCUUCUUUCUUUUGUUUUUGAUUUUCUUUGUAUAAAUUCCCAGUAGUGGGACUUACAGGGUCAAAGGUUAUAUGCAUUUUCAUGGCCUGACAUAUAUCCAAAUUUUUUUGUAUGAGAGUUACGUCAAUUUGUACUGUCUUUAGUAAUUAAAAUGUAGCUGUUUCACUAGAA